CUUAACUGGAGGAAUCUAUCGUUCUCUGCAAAAAAGCCAAACAAUUCUUAUCUGUGGAUAGUUCUACUAUUCUAUGAAAUGGGCUACGCAGAUAAACUCCGAGGGAAGAAGAUUGUCGUGAUUGGUGGCACUUCUGGCAAAACUUACAGGAUAGGAUACGGAGCCGCGGCGGCACUUUUGGAUGUUGGUGCAUCCGUCACUGUCAUCUCUUCUUCACCGGCCCGAGUGCAGGAGGCUCUUCGGCGCUUUGAUAAUGCCAGGGCCAAUGGGCUCGUAGUCGAUGUCCACGACGAAGAUGCUGUGGUGACCGCGCUUCAGUCGCUGGCUCCCAUCGACCAUGUGGUUUUCUCGGCGGUGGACAACAUCAUCCGAGGCAAGCUUGAAGACCUCGAACUGGAUGACGCGAAACAGCUCUUUGGUGUCAAAUUCUGGGGUGCGGUCAUAGUGGGCAAAGCACUGGCAAAGUACAACCUUGUACGGCAAGGUGGUUCUUUGACCCUGACCUCGGGAACGGCAGGUAUCAAACCGGGAAAGGGCGCUGCGGUCGGUGGCGCGUUAAAUGGAGGUGUACUCUCGCUCACCAAGGGGUUGGCAUCGGAAUUGGUAGACAAGAAGAUCAGGGUCAACACUGUGGUUCCUGGGCUGGUGCAAACUCCGCUCUGGGACAAGCAAGGCAAGACCAAAGAGGAACAGAAAGAAAUUUUCGACAAAGGAAGUGGAAGUCUGCCCGUUGGGUUUGUGGCCACACCCGAGCACAUUGCUGAAGCGUAUCUUUAUGCUGUUCGCGCCGACUACGCUAAUGGGACACUAAUUGAGAUAGACGGAGGAUAUCUUUUGUAGGAAGCCGAUUCCAAUCAAUGACCAUGAUACAGGAGUGAAACUCCCCUUGCUGUGAGAUGUUUUUGGGGGACGCGGGAGAAUUGAACACGUGCUAUCAGCUCUUUGCGAAGCCAGCUCCAAGUUCACGUUCAAGUGCACAACGCAAAGAAAUCG